ACAAAGACGUCUCGUGGGAAAGAGUUGAUAAAAUGGCGGUUGAUAAACAAUCGUGUCGGAGAAAUUAGUAUCAAAGGAAAUAUCACACAUUCAGUUGCAUGAGGACAACAGUUUAGACUUAUUGAUUCAUUCUAUAACGAAGAAUAUUUGCUUGCGAUGUCAAAACAAUUUUGGCUUUCUGCUUAUAGCUAAUGAAGAAAAUAUGGAGAAUGUUACGCCGAAGUCCUGUUGCUUCAAAAUUGAGCCGCCCACUCUGAUAUUAUUCUAUGAACUAAAUGAAAGUGGUAAGAUUCAUAGAAGGUCUAUACCAAUCAGAAACCUUAAUGAAAAAUCAAGAAUUGAUGAUAUAAUAAAAGACCUGAACAACACCCAUCACCAGAAAUAUCUCAAGACAGUACCAGAAAAACAGCUAAAACGGCUGCUCAGAAAGCUUCAUGAGAAGAUCUACAGCUAUGGAAAGGCGACAAAUCUUGUUUCUCCUUCAAACAGUGACGAAGAUUUCAAUAAACUGGAUGACGAGGAGCUGAACAAAGUGAAAGACAAAAUGUCCGAAUCUUUCGAGCAAAACAGAGUGAAACCCGGUGACCCAGAAUGGAAGUAUGAAAUUGACGUGGAUUUUGAAGCGGGUAACGGGAAUAAACUGGAAUCAGGAUGGGAUUCAGAAGAAUCCGAAUUGGAAUUUUGAAGCCAUUUUACCUGUUUCAUCGUUCAAGUCUGUUUUAUUUUUUUGUUCAUUUCCAUAUGAAUUCACGCACUCGUUUUUUUUACAGUUGAUGAUAUUUUUGAUAUUUUGUUCGAAUUAUAUAAAUUUGAUACCGCGAAUUGAUUGUUGA